CCGGAGGGACGCGCGGUACAAUAGAGCUGUUGUGCCGUGGUGGUGGACAGAUUGCAGCCCAGGAGGUUCCCACUGUGGUGGGACACAAAAAAACAUCAAAUGAAUGCGCAGAUAGCGGGUCUGGCUCUGUGUUUAUAGGUGUAUGUUGAGGAUUGAGUUGUAUGGUUGGAAUAAAGCGGACAGCACAGCGAGGACUGGAGGUAUGAAAUUAAGUGUUUAAGGGUUUAUCAGAGGAAUCCACUAGCAUGCUUUUCAAUUUGAAAUUUAUGGAUGUUACAGGAUGAAACGUCUCAGGUCCUCAAGCAGCAGCGACAGUUCUGACAAUGAGAGUCCCUCAACCUCCUUCUGCUCCUCCAACAAAUAUGGCAGUAAAUCUGGAACCCCCGCCUCCGACCCGAAGAAACCGGCUGAAGUGUUCAGAAAAGACCUGAUCAGUGCCAUGAAGCUGCCGGACUCCCACCACGUCUCCCCAGAGGACUACUACCUGCUGGCGGACACCUGGAAGCAGGAGUGGGAGAAGGGAGUCCAGGUGCCAGCGAGUCCAGACACCAUCCCACAGCCGUCAGUCAGAAUUAUUGCGGAGAAGUCCAAGGAAGUGCUUUACUCCCACCAGAGGAAGUACGUCCAGUGCUCGAGCCAGGAGUCAAUGGAACCAGGUUACGUCAACAUCAAAGAGCUGGCGGAGGCCAUGUGUCGCUACGAUCUGGACGACAUGGAUCUCUACUGGCUGCGCACGCUGAACAGAGAGCUAGACUGCAUGGGGGAGGAGCCCAUAGACGAGCUGACAAUGGAGCGCGCCAUGGAGGCCCUGGAGAGUCAGUGCCAUGACAACAUGAAGCACGCCAUCGAGACGGUGGAGGGCCUGGGGAUCGAGUACGAUGAGGACGUCAUCUGCGAUGUGUGCCGCUCGCCCGACAGCGAGGAAGGGAACGACAUGGUGUUCUGUGACAAGUGCAACAUCUGUGUGCACCAGGCCUGCUAUGGCAUAGUCAAAGUGCCUGUUGGAAACUGGCUGUGCAGGACGUGCGUCCUCAGCAUCGACCCGCAGUGCCUUCUGUGUCCCCUGAAGGGCGGCGCUAUGAAGGCCACACGGGCAGGCACCAAGUGGGCACAUGUAAGCUGCGCCCUGUGGAUACCGGAGGUGAGCAUCGCUUGUCCCGAGAGGAUGGAGCCCAUCACCAAAGUCUCCCAUAUCCCACCCAGCCGCUGGUCUCUCAUCUGCAGUCUGUGUAAAGUGAAGACAGGCGCAUGUAUCCAGUGCUCCGUAAAGAACUGCACCACUCCCUUCCAUGUGACAUGUGCCUUUGAGCACAGCUUGGAGAUGAAGACCAUCCUGGAUGAAGGGGAUGAAGUCAAGUUCAAGUCUUACUGCCUGAAACACAGCAAGUCCAAAUCUGGUGAAGCUGGCCUGAGCCCAGCUCGCUCUAAACCGUCCGGUGAGUCGGUGAAGGUGGGCCAGCGGGCGCAGAGACUACAGGAGCUGGAGGAGGAGUUCUUCACUCUAAUCCAGCUGGGAGAACUGGCCCGGGCCCUCGGACUCUCUGAGCACCUGGCAGACUUCAUCUAUCAGUACUGGAAGCUGAAGAGGAAAGCUAACUUUAACAAAGCUCUGCUGCCUCCUAAAGAGGAGGAGGAGAAUCUGGUGCUGCAGCCUCAGGAGGACACCAUCCACACACGCAUGCGGAUGUUCAUGCACCUGCGACAGGAUUUAGAGAGGGUGAGGAACUUGUGCUACAUGGUGAGCCGGCGGGAGAAGCUGAAGCUGUUGCAGAGUAAAGCUCAGGAGCAGAUGUUCAACUUGCACGUGAAGCUCUUAAACCAGGAACUCUCUGCUGGUCUUCCUGCUUCAUUUCCUGUGGAGGGUAUGCUGUUUCGUCCUCCUCCGAGGAUAACUCUCAAGCUGAAAAUGCCCAAAGCCUCCAGUCUUGGAAAUGGGAAUCCCAGUUCCAAAUCUGGUAAUGGGCCGCUCUGCCCGGACAACAGUGGGAACGUUACUGACCAUGCUGGUGAAGGGUUAGGUCAGGGGAAGCCUCAGCUGCACAGUCGUAGCCGGAGAGAGGAGCGCCCCAAUGGCCGGCUGUCUGCCUCAAGCCACUCCAGCAGCUCGGCGUUACUGGUUAAACCCACCGGGAAACCGUUAGCCCUGCACGCCGCGCUCCACGGGCACUCGUCCAACAGCAAUGGCAAACUUGACCAAGAGCGAGCCAAAUCUAACGGUCUCUUAGAGAAGUUUGUGGCUCAGAAGGAUAGUUCUUGCCAGACACCCAGCAACCAGGACGCUUCAAACGAGGCUUUGGACAAGAGCAGCUUUCGCAAGUCUGCCAUGGAGCACUUUGGCAGAUCCUUCAAAGAGGCGACUAUUAACUUAGUACGGACCACAGAGGACCUGCGGGCCUCAGACAAACUGUCCCGUAAGGGCUCAGCCAAGGAGAGACUAUGGGUUAAGCCCGUAUCUGAACACAAAGCAAAAAGCACGCGCUCGUACCAGGACAGUGACGGAUACUGUCCUGACCUGGAGCUCAGUGACUCAGAGCCAGAGGCCAAAGGGAGGCACCGGCGGCAGGUCGGGCUGCCACAGCCAGACGCUCCGAGGCGGGACUGUCAGAAAGGGAUCAGUAGAGGGAAGCAGUCGCUGGGCUCCAGACACCCUAUGCAGAGGUGACAGCUGUUUGUCGACUCCACCCACUGCCGCUGUUCUCUGCGCACUCUCUGGCAGUCUUCCUAAGUGCCAGGCCGUCUCUCUGAACACGUCUCCAUCAGGGACCAGAUCAAGCCACAGUGCCAACGGCUGUACACAUGAAGCAGAAGUUACAGGAGGAGAAGAUGCAUGAAGGAUAUUGUCGUCAAGUAGCGUGUCAGUGUUAGUUUGAGAGGAACAAAUAUGUCAGUCUUCUGAGAUUAUCAUUCCUGCCUUUCAUUUGUGGCUAGCGUUACAUUUGUACUCUGCACAACUUUGUAUUAAACAGCCCUGUUCCCCUACAAACAGGUUUAAUUUGCCUUUUGACUAAAACAUUUGUACGUACGACGUUGAAAUUGGCGUGUAAAUAACAUGUAACUGAAUCACAAAUGUUCCACUCUAUCGAUGCUUCAACAUCACUGCGGCCACAAAUUAAACUGACAUGCCAGAUGGAAGUGAAUCCUAGCAUCUCCUGCACCUGUUUGUUGCACACUGUCUGUUACAGUUAACCAGUUUACCCACAGCUGAUAACCCAGCUCGAUGAACCUUUUUAUAUUUGUAAUACAGUAGUGGAGUCUUUUUUUUUUUUUUAAAACAUGCCUUUUGUGUGUAGGAAUGCAGUUUUCUCAAUAUUAGUACCAUAAGGUUUGCAGGUAUGUGGUGUCCUGGUUAGAUUUAAGGAUCAUGUGAAGAUUCAAGAAUAGGAAGAAAUAUGUUUUAAGAAAUUAUAACAUUCCCCGACGUAUCCUUCAGUAACUGGAUGCGUAAAGGCAAAGACUCAGAUCGUCACACGAUGAGCCUUCAUUUUCACAGACUAUUAUUUGAAAAUGAACUUUCAUAUUUGCAGUCUUUGCUUUUAAUUGUUUCCCUGAUUUGAUAAUAAACAACCUGGCACGGCUGGGUCACUAGGGCUGGAUAUUGUUAUAAUUUUUUUGAUACAGAUGCCAAUUCAAUUACUUUGCCAAGUAAGAAAUCCAUUUUUAUUUCAUUAAACCAAAAAGGCCGAACUUCUCAAA